GGUAACGGCGCGGAGGCAGGGGUCGUUUGGUCGAUGGGGCCCGCCAAUACUGCGGCCCCUCGGUAACAAACGCACGUGACAUGGGCUCUGGUCGGUGAGGAAACUCAACGGCCCGAGUCGCUGUCCGCAGACAGUCGACUCACAGUGCUCACAACUCUUCUCACACAUUGGAUCAAAAAGGUGGUCGGUAAUUGAACUGGUGCGUGCGGCGCGAGCGGAGCAGGGCACCGAACACAUCGUGCGAAGUAGAUGGCGCUGAAGCGAGGAGCCACACAGUUUGAACAGCAGUAUGACCCGCGCCGGAUCGGUAACUGGGAGCUACCCGACACUCCCGACUCGCUGCCCAAGCCGCGGCACGGCAGCACGCGCUUCAUCGCCAACGAUCGCGGUCACCUGCUGGAGGGUGCGGCGCGCAGCCGACAGAGCCCCUGGACGGCCUACCGACGCACGGAUACCUGGGAGGGCCCGCGCCGGCCGGCCGGGCCGCACAGUCACAGUCGACCAGGAUAUCAGAAUAUUCUGAGAGCGCCCCAGGGCGGGGAGGUGGCGCCGGAGGGUCGACACGACCGUCCGAAGGGGGCGGUGGCCGCUCACAAGGGAGACGGGUCGGCGGACCCCACCAGCGGCAGGCCAGAGUGCUGCAUCCUCCAGCACGCCUACCUAUGCUGCCCGCCGCUACAGGACAGCACCUGCUGCCCGUAAAGCCAUAGAUGGCGCCUGGGGGACGACCGCUCACCGGAACGAGAGACUAGCCUCAGGGGCCUGUGUGGAAACGUCAACCUUCGACAGCGAGACGAAUGAACGACACGAGAGGCUUCAGCGCUGCAUAGAGUCGGCCUGAAACUCGACACAUCAAAGUCGGAAGCUGUUUUGCACGGAUGACUUCUGAAAUUGUAGAGCGUUAAAUUACUGCAUGCUCAUUGCUCAGUGAUGAUUGCAACUUUGGCCGAAACAAAACCACUGAUGGUAGUCGUAAUUUGUUCCCAUAAGUUGAAAAAGGUUCACUUAAGCCCACAUGCCAUCAAAUGUCCUCGUGAUGAAUUGCUAGUUUUCUUCGUCGUUAAAUGCGUCCUGUGAUUGUCUACAAUACACAGUAAUUGAGCCUA